UUUCACAAAGCGUUAUUUUACAGGUUUUAUAACGUUUGCGCUUCUGACUUUGGGAGAGAAGUUGUUCUGCGGAAAUGUCAAAGAUUGAGAAAAUGAGUAUCCUCGGAGUGAGGAGUUUUGGGGUAGAAGAUAAGGACAAACAGAUUAUCACUUUCUUUAGUCCAUUAACUAUUUUGGUGGGACCAAAUGGUGCAGGAAAAACGACUAUCAUUGAAUGUCUUAAAUAUAUAUCUACUGGUGACUUUCCUCCUGGCACCAAAGGAAGCUCAUUUGUUCAUGAUCCGAAGGUUGCCAAUGAAACUGAUGUUAGAGCUCAGGUUCGACUACAGUUUCGAGAUGUAAAUGGAGAGCUCGUAGCUGUCCAGCGAUCCAUGGUCUGUACCCAGAAAGGCAAGAAAACAGAAUUUAAAACACUUGAAGGUAUCAUUACUAGAACUAAGCAUGGUGAGAAGGUCAGCCUGAGUUCCAAGUGUGCAGAAAUCGACCGAGAGAUGAUCAGUGCCCUUGGUGUUUCCAAAUCGGUGAUUAACAACGUCAUUUUCUGCCACCAAGAAGAAUCCAACUGGCCGUUAAGUGAAGGGAAGGCCCUGAAACAAAAGUUUGAUGAGAUCUUUUCAGCAACAAGGUAUAUUAAAGCACUCGAAACUCUCCGUCAGGUACGACUGGAACAAAGCCUGGAAGUAAGACAGUGUCAGGCAGAACUGAAACACCUAAAGCAGAAUAAAGAAAAAGCACAGGAAAUCCAGGAUCACCUUAGCAAUAGAGAGGCUCAACUGGCUGCUUCUAAGGAGAAUGUAAAAUCUAUUGAGAAUCAACUUCAUCCUCUAAAGAGCUCUCUGGAAGCAGUUGAACAGAGUCUCGUAAAAGUAAUGAGGCUGGACAAUGAGGUGAAAGCCCUGGAGAGCAGGAGGAGGCAGAUGGAGAAAGAUAAUCAAGAUUUGCAACAGAAGAUGGAAAAGGUUUUUCAAGGAACCGAUGAGCAACUAAGGGAUAGAUACCAGAACCACCAGAGAACGGUGAAAGAGAAGGAGAAGAGAUUAUCCGACUGUAAGCGUGAAUUAGACAGAGCCACUAAAGAAUGCCAGAGAUUUAACAGUGAGAAAUCAGAACUCCUUGUUGAACGAGGUCGUCUUCAACUGCAAGCAGAUCGUCACCAGGAGCACAUCACAACGAGGGAUUCGUUAAUUCAGUCCUUGGCAGUGCAGCUGGAAUUAGAUGGUUUUGAGCGAGCACCUUUUAAUGAAAGGCACAUUGCCAAUUUUCACAGCUUGUUGAAGGAGAGACAGGAACGAGAUACAGAAGCUGCAAAUCACUUGAUGAGAGAAUUUACACAAAAGGAAGCAAUGAAACAAAAGCAGAUAGAUGAAAUAAGAGACAAGAAAACUGGAUUAGAAAGAACCGUUGACCUGAAAUCAGACAUUCAGAAUAAGAAACAAGCUGAGCUGAAGAAUGCAAAGUACGAAUUGCAGCAGUUGGAGGGGUUUUCAGACAGAAUUCUGGAGUUGGAUCAGGAGAUUUUCAAGACA